AUGGCACAGGCACCAUCUUCUUCUGGUAGUGAACAAUGUAUAGCUGUCCAGUGUUCGACGAGAAAUGAAUUGGUGCUAGAUUCACUCGCGAGCAACAUCACGGAAUUCGUGUACGACCUGGAGCAAGGAUGUUCGUUUGAUACCUGGUUCUCUCGAUACGCGGAUUUAUUUGAAAAAGAUGCUGCUAAAUUAAACGACAGUGCCAAAGUCCGGCUAUUGCUGCGGAAAUUAAAUCCUGCUGCGCACGACCGGUACACUUCUUUCAUUCUGCCAAAACUCUCAGAGGAUUUCGAUUUUGCUGAGACAAUCAAGAAGCUGAAAACCAUCUUCGGCACACCAGUGUCAACGUUCAAUCGUCGUUAUCAGUGCUUACAAACCACGAAUGACGAGCAUGAAGAUUUCAUCAGCUAUUCCUGCAAGGUAAAUCGAUCCUGUGUGGAUUUCAAGUUGCAGGAACUCAAGGAAGAUCAGUUCAAGUGCCUUAUAUUCGUGUGCGGGCUGAAGUCGGCGAAAGAUGCAGAUAUACGAAUGCGGUCGCGGGCUAAAAUCAACGAGACGCAAGACAUUACACUGGAACAAGUCGUGGAGGAAUGCAAAAGUCUGAUCAACCUCAAGCAAGAUAUGGUUCUGAUCAGUAACAAGUCAUCCUCUACAUCACCGUCAACAAACGCAGUGAGAAUCGACCCCAAGCAAAAAUUCAAGGGUAGGUUCACCGAGAGACAGGACAACACUCCCAAAACACCGUGUUGGUCCUGUGGUGGUAUGCACUUUUCGAAAGAGUGUCAGUUCAAAGAACACAAAUGUCGUGAUUGCGGAAAAAUGUGUCAUCGCGAAGGCUAUUGUGCCUGUUUCACAGCAAAGAAUCGGCAAAAACCAGCAAAGUUCAGCAAUAAGACGCACCAACGCUCGAAUCCGUCAGACUGUAUAGCUAUAACUGCUUCUGGAGGUAAAUUGCACAUUUCGGAUAUGUUUGAGGCGGCUAUUAGCAUCGGUGGUGUCCUUAAAACGUGCAAAAUCUAUAUGUGUGGCUCUAACCUCAACCUGAACGUGUUAGGUUCUGAUGCAAUGGAUCGAUUCGGAUUAUGGGAUGUGCCAUUAUCAUCGAUUUGCAAUUUGGUACACAGCAGUGACGGAGACAGCGACAUUGCUGAAUUAAAAUCUCAGUUUCCGGAUGUUUUCAGUAGCGCCAUGGGCUUGUGUAAGAAAACGCAGGUGCAUCUCACUCUCAAACCAAAUGCACAGCCUGUGUUUAAGCCAAAGCGUCCAGUGGCGUAUAGUGUGAGAUCGUUAGUGGAAGAAAAGCUGGGCAGACUGGAAAGCUUAGGAAUAAUAACACCAGUCACGUAUGCCGAUUGGGCCACUCCAAUAGUGGUGGUACGAAGACCAUAUCGUUCAGUUCGGAUCUGUGCAGACUUUUCUACAGGUUUAAACAAUGCACUGAUGCCGAAUAGUCAUCCUCUACCUCUCCCCGAGGAUAUCUUUGCGCGCAUGGCAAAUUGCACUAUCUUCGGACAUAUCGAUCUGUCCGAUGCAAAUCUGCAAGUACAAGUGGACGACGAGAGUCGCAAGUUACUUGUCAUCAACACCCACAAAGGGCUUUUUCGUUUCAAUCGUCUCUCCCCGGGCAUUCGAACAGCGCCGGGCGAGUUUCAACCAAUCAUGGAUGCCAUGCUCAGUGGAAUCGAAUACGCCUGCCCGUACCUCGACGAUAUCCUGGUAGGCGGCCAAACGAGAGAUGAGCUGAAACACAACUUAAAACAAGUUUUGGCACGACUGCACGAGUACGGAUUCACCGUUAGAAUUGAAAAAUGCAGUUUUUUCAUGAAUCAGGUGAAGUAUCUGGGCCAACUGAUAGACCGUGAAGGUAUUCAUCCGGACCCGGAGAAAAUCGCCGCUAUCAUUAGCAUGCCGGCACCACAUGAUGUGCCUUUAAAGUCUUUCCUGCGAGUUCUACCUAAGGCCGGGGGAUCCAACAAAAGACAGCAAGGUAGAAUAUUCUCUCCAGAUUGUAAAUAG